AUGGCAGGCAAACCCUUGGACGUGCAGCAUCCUUUGGCAUCCUUUUCCCGGCUCUCCCCUUCUGUAUAUCUCCAGGAGCCAGAUGAAACUGUCAAAUAUAAGGGGCAAUAUCCGAAGACGAUCGUUCUCGCUUUCUGGAUGAACGCUCCUCCACGGGCAUUGGCCAAAUACGUUCUUGAAUAUAGACGCCUGGCACCUGCAGCCAGGAUCAUCUUUGUCCUGAGCUCCUCUAAUGACUUUCUUUUUGGUGCCUCGAAAGAUGCUCAGCAGACCCGGGUCAUGCCGGCUGUCGAAGCCAUUCGGGCCUCUUCGUCCCCUGGAGACCCAGUGUUUCUGCACAUGUUCUCGAACGGAGGAGUCUCUUCGACGACAAAUCUGCUUGCGACAUAUGAAGAGUUGACAGGCAAUCCGUUGCGCGUUUCGUCAAUGAUCUUCGACAGCGCACCCGGAACAACAACCGUCAGCGGCGUCAUGAAAGCCUUUUCGUUCGCGUUUCCAGGAAUGUUGAUCUUGCGAUUUCUCCUCAAAGUCGCCUUAUACGCGUUUUUGUUCUUGAAUGCAAUUUUCCGAAGAUUCACCGGCACGAAAGACGCUAUCACCACGGCCCGGGAUGCAAUGAAUGAUAACCGUAUACUCCAUGGGAUCGAUCCGAAAGGCAGACCCAGAAGGUGCUAUAUCUAUUCGGACGCCGAUGAUCUGGUGGACUGGAGAGACGUGGAGAGACAUGCCUACCAGGCAAAGUCUAUGGGGUGCUAUGUGCGUCGCGAGAAGUUCAUCGGUUCUCCUCAUGUGAGCCAUAUGAGGGCUGAUCCCGAGCGGUACUGGGGCAUCGUGCAGAAGUACCUGUUCACCAGGGCAUGA